GCAGAGGAUGGCUGGUAAAGAGCAACUGCAGAAACUUGCAGUCGAAUGCAGUCAAAACUACAUUACCUAUGAUCACAUGAUUUUUGUAAAGUUCAUGCAGUCCACAUUAGGCGCAAGUCUGACCAUUUUUAUCCCCAUAAUGCAACACACUUUGAAAGGCGGUGACCACAUGACAAAACUGAUCAACUUGAACGUGCCUAACGUCUAUGUUGCCAAGUAGAAUACAAAAAAAGUGUGUUUCUUUUGCGAGAAGUGUGCUCGCGCGCUUCAGCCUACAUUGAUUGGCAAGUUCACCUGCAAAAGAAAACUGACAGGAGGCCUGAUGAUCGGUAAACGGUUGUGCUGUUCGAAUGAAACUGAUUUGAGACCAUGUACAGUAGCUAUUAGAAUAAAGCGAAUAGGCUACUUUAAGUUACAAUAUGGAAGUUUACAAAUACCCCGUUUUCUUCGAGGUUCCCAGUCUGGAUCAAGAACAGAAAGAGAAGAUUGAAAAGUACUUUCAGGUUUUCCGUAAAUCUGGUGGUGGAGACUGCGGACCGAUACACAAUGUUGGUGACAACGUUUACAAGAUCGCAUUUUUUGACCAAACAGACCAGGAGAUGGUACUUCAGAAACCUAAUCAUGUGUUGGAGAUGCCUGGAGGACCUCUCUUCCUCACUCUGAGAGGCAGCCAGGAGCCUCCACCCACAACAACCUCCCCAGUCAGCAGUCAGAGUCACCAGUCCCUCCCAUUCCAUCCCUCCCUCCCUGUCCAGACAUCACCACCUGGUUUCCUAGAGCAUGAACUCCAUCUAGACUCCUACCUCCUGAGAUACCUGAAGGAGAGCCCUGGGGCUGGAAGAGACCUGCAGCAGCAGCUGUCCUCUCUGGGCUGCUCUGUCCACCUCCAUCCAGAGGACGGGAGGGCAGUGGUCAGAGGCUCAGGCCAAGCUGGGUCAUGUGGAGAUGGGGUUGGGGUGGGACCAUGGAAGGUACAGGUUGAGAGACUGUUAAAACAGCUCCCUGUGCGGUACAAAUGCCACUAUGAGGUAGACCCACGUAAGCUCCAGACUCUGCUGCAGAGCAGUACCCUGGGUUCGGAGGAUGUGAGGGUUUACUGCGAGGCAGGGAAAGGGUUUGCGGUGGUGGUUGGGGAGGGGCCCGAGGUCCAGGCCAAGCUGAAGGAGCUGGAGGCCUUCCAGGGUCAGGGUCUGAGCUCCUGGAAGAAGGAGAAGAUCAGCACCACCUGUCGUCUGGGACAGUCCAAGCUCCGGCUUCUAGGUGAAGUGAUAGAGAAGGAUCUAGGUGAGGCUGUUCCAGGGGUGAGGGUGACGCGCAGUGACUCAUCUCAGCUGGUGCUGGAGGGUUCAGCAAGUGAUGUCAGGACAGCCAGACAGUUAGUUACAGAUAAAAUCUCUCUGGUGCUGGAGCGGGUGGUGCCUGAGGUGUCCCCCCAACUCCUGUCCUUCCUGAGGGAUGAGUAUGGGAGGUCUGGGAACCUGAGCAGUCUGCUGGGGUUGGGACUCCAUGUGGAGGUACAGUUGGGGGAUACAGAGCUCCGUCUUUUCUCCCUCUCCUCUGGGAAACUGGACCAGGCUGAGAAGGAUCUGCUGGGGGAGUUUGGGGAGGAGAAGAUCGAUGUGCCCAACUGUGGCACCCUGCCAUCUGAACUGAAAUCCAAGCUUGAGAAGAAGGUGAAGGAGAUGAACCAGAGCAGAUGCAGGGUGGUGGCCAGGUAUGGUCCUGGGUGUAGAGUGCAGUUGCUGGGACACGUGAAGGAGGUUCAGGAGCUGAGGGAGGAGAUCGGGGCCUUUCUGAUAGACCCGUCCAGUGUGGAGGAGACAGUGUGUCUCCCUUACCCGGCGAUUGCUGACCACCUACCAGAACUGCUGGAGAGGAUCGGUGUGGAACACACUGGGGUGACCCUCUACCCCUCAGCCUCAGCCAUCCACCCCACUGUGGUGCUCUCUGGACCCUCUGUCCGGGUGGCCCAGGUUAGGGACAGGUUGGGUCCCGCUCUGGCCUCCUUGGUCCACCAGACUGUGACCAUAGACCAGCCGGGGGCACUACGCUACUUCCAGGGCCUGGGAAGGGAGGACCUUGGAGUGGUGGGUCGCUCUCAACACUGCUUCAUCCAGCUGCACAACCACGGUGGUGUUGCCAGCGAAGCUCGCGCCGGACCAAGACUGGAGGAGAUGGUCACAGCCACCAGCUAUCGCCUCCAGAGGGGGCUGCAGGUUGUGGUCCGUCAAGGUGACAUCACCAAGGAACGGGCGGAUGCGCUGGUGAACACAGCCAAUGAGGACCUGGAUCACGCUGGGGGCGUGGCUGCAGCUCUAAGCCGUGCGGGGGGGCCUGAGGUACAACAGGCCAGCAGAGAUCUGGUUAGGCAGAUAGGGAGAGUACCCACAGGUACAGUGGUAGAGAGUACAGGAGGGAAGUUGCCUUGUAAGAUACUGCUGCACGCAGUGGGACCAGUAGAGGGCAGCGUAGGUGGGAAUGAGCGCCCUCUGCUGGAGAAGACAGUAAAGACAGUCCUGGAUCUGGCAGAGACCAUGGAACUCCAGACCCUGGCCAUGCCCUGCAUCAGCUCAGGGUUAUUCGGCGUUCCUCUGAAGGUGUGCUCUGAGGCCAUAGUCUCUGCAGUGAGGGACUUUGGGAGGGAACAGCGCAUCCUUACCAAGGUCACUCUGAUUGAUGUGAGUGGAGAGGCAGUGAGAGCCAUGCAGGAGGCCUGUGAUAGGCUGUUACAGGGCAAGAGGGAGAUUUCUGAGUGGGAGAGAAUGUCGAGCACCACCACUACCACUACACAUGCUCCUCAGAAAGACACCACUGCUGCCUCCACCAGGGGACCAGUGGCUCCAGAGGUCUGUGUCCAAGUGGAGAUCAUCCAGGGAACCAUAGAGAAACAGGAGGUGGAUGCUCUGGUGUCACCCAUGGCUGGUAGUGACCCUCUCUCCUCCCGAGUGGGUCAUGUCUUGUCGGAGGCAGCUGGACCGGCGCUGAUGACAGCAUUUCUGAGGGAAUUAGGGGGACGGACUGCACCUGGUGACAACGUCCUGGUGGAGGGACUGUCUGGUCUCAGCUCUGGCCGCGUCUUCUUCCUCAGCUGUCUACAAUGGGACAACAACCUCCAAGGACCAGCAGUACAGGCUCUGAGGCAGGGUGUGAGGAGAGUUCUAGCCUCUUGUGAGUUCCGGGGACUCUGUUCUGUUGCCUUCCCUGUACUUGGAACUGGUGGUGUUCUCCAGUUCCCUCACAAUAUGGUAACACAGGUUCUGCUAGAAGAGAUCCGUAGGUAUGAACAGAAUCGAGCGAGCAGAACCCCCUUCCUUGUCCGCAUUGUUGUCCAUCCCAAUGACAGAGAUUCUACCAAGGCUUUCCAGACUUCCCAGUGUGCUUUGCAUGUCAGAGGGUUUGUAAUGGAUGCUUCUCCAGAUCAAACCUCCUUCUAUCGCCACGUCUCAACUACUCAGGACGAGGUCUCUGCCACGCUGGGCAGUGUCAAGCUACAACUGGUCUUUGGCGACAUCAUCCGUGAGACCACUGAUGUCAUCAUCAACACCACAGACUUCUCAGCCAACCAUUCAGGUGUCUCCAAAGCUAUUCUGACUGCUGCAGGUCCCACAGUCCAAGCAGCGUUAGCACAAGUGGGUGUGCCAGGAGACUUGAUGUGCACCACAGGGCCCGGUGCACUGGGCUGCAAGGAGAUCGUUCACGUCAGCUUUAAACGCGACACACAGAGGAUCAGCAAGGUCUGUGGGAAGAUACUGAAACAGUGUGAGAGAAGGGGCUACCGCUCUGCAGCCUUCCCUGCAGUCAACACUGGAGCUGCUCGAGCAGACUCUGGCUCUGUGUGUAAGGCCAUGUUGGAUGGCAUGGCGUCAAGUGUGAGGGAUUUGUCCCCCAACAUCCUCUCUGUCAUCCGCAUUGUCAUGCUGCAGAGACCCGUCUUCCAGGCAUUCAGGUCAGAGCUGGAGAGCCGACUGGGAGCUAUCGCUCCAAUCCCAACACUGAAAGAGAGAGCCCAACAGAUACUGAAGAAGAAACUGAGGAUCGGCUUUUCCUCCCCCUCACAUGGCUCCCUUCCCCCUCCUCAUGCCCUUCCAGGCCUCACCAUCACCCCCUGGAGACCGCCCCCGGUGGUGCUGAGCGUGGUGGGGCGUGGGGCGGACGCCAUCAGGGGGGCCAGGCGGGAGCUGGAGGCCAUCUUGCAGAACCAGCUGACUCAGAUAGAUGUGAAGGGAGAGGACCUGUGCAUGCUGGGAGAUGUGGAGCUGCAGGCCGUGCAGAAGAAUGCUAAGGUCCUGGGAGUGAGCCUGGAGCUGGGUAGAGUUAGGAGGGCAGGAGGGGUGGAAGCUGGAGCUGUAGGUGGAGCUGCGACUGGAGAGGGGUUUUAUGUUCUCCGAGGCCUGAAGGAGGACGUUCUGAGCGUGCGGGAGGUGCUGGACAGUGCGCUCAGUGGCGCCCUCCGUAGGGAGAUGCAAGAGAGAAAUGCUACUUUAAGUUACAAUAUGGAAAUGUACAAAUACCCCGUUUUCUUCGAGGUUCCCAGUCUGGAUCCAGCACAGAAAGAGAAGAUUGAAAAGUACUUUCAGGUUCGCCGUAAAUCUGGUGGUGGAGACUGCGGACCGAUACACAAUGUUGGUGACAACGUUUACAAGAUCGCAUUUUUUGACCAAACAGUCCAGGAGAGGGUACUUCAGAAACCUAAUCAUGUGUUGGAGAUGCCUGGAGGACCUCUCUUCCUCACUCUGAGAGGCAGCCAGGAGCCUCCACCCACAACAUUCAGCAGUCAGAGUCACCAGUCCCUCCCAUUCCAUCCCUCCCUCCCUGUCCAGACAUCGCCACUUGGUUUCCUAGAGCAUGACCUCCAUCUAGACUCCUACCUCCUGAGAUACCUGAAGGAGAGCCCUGGGGCUGGAAGAGACCUGCAGCAGCAGCUGUCCUCUCUGGGCUGCUCUGUCCACAUCCAUCCAGAGGACGGGAGGGCAGUGGUCAGAGGCUCAGGCCAUGCUGGGUCAUGUGGAGAUGGGGUUGGAGCACAGGUCGAGAGACUGUUCAAACAGCUCCAGGAGCGGUACACAUGCCACUAUGAGGUAGACCCACGUAAGCUCCAGACUCUGCUGCAGAGCAGUACCCUGGGUUCGGAGGAUGUGAGGGUCUACUGCGAGGCAGGGGAAGGGUUUGCGGUGGUGGUUGGGGAGGGGCCCGAGGUCCAGGCCAAGCUGAAGGAGCUGGAGGCCUUCCAGGGUCAGGGUCUGAGCUCCUGGAAGCAGGAGAAGAUCAGCACCACCUGUCGUCUGGGACAGUCCAAGCUCCGGCUUCUAGGUGAAGUGAUAGAGAAGGAUCUAGUUGAGGUUGUUCCAGGGGUGAAGGUGACACGCGGUGACUCUGGCCAGCUAGAGCUGAUGGGUUCAGCAAGUGAAGUCCGAACAGCCAGACAGUUAGUUACAGAUAAAAUCUCUCUGGUGCUGGAGCGGGUGGUGCCUGAGGUAUCCCCCCACCUCCUGUCCUUCCUGAGGGAUGAGUAUGGGAGGCCUGGGAACCUGAGCAGUCUCCUGGGGUUGGGACUCCAUGUGGAGGUAGAGUUAGGGGAUACAGAGCUCUGUCUGUUCUCCCUCUCCUCUGGGAAACUGGACCAGGCUGAGAAGGAUCUCCUGGGGGAGUUUGGGGAGGAGAAGAUUGACGUGCCCAACUGUGGCACCCUGCCAUCUGAACUGAAAUCCAAGCUUGAGAAGAAGGUGAAGGAGAUGAACCAGAGCAGAUGCAGGGUGGUGGCCAGGUAUGGUCCUGGGUGUAGAGUGCAGUUGCUGGGCCACGUGAAGGAGGUUCAGGAGCUGAGGGAGGAGAUCGGGGCCUUUCUGAUAGACCAGUCCAGUGUGGAGGAGACAGUGUGUCUCCCUUACCCAGAGAUUGCUGACCACCUACCAGAACUGCUGGAGAGGAUCGGUGUGGAACACACUGGGGUGACCCUCUACCCCUCAGCCUCAGCCAUCCACCCCGGUGUGGUGCUCUCUGGACCCUCUGUCCGGGUGGCCCAGGUUAGGGACAGGUUGGGUCCCGCUCUGGCCUCCUUGGUCCACCAGACUGUGACCAUAGACCAGCCGGGGGCGCUACGCUACUUCCAGGGCCUGGGAAGGGAGUACCUGGGAGUGGUGGGUCGCUCUCAACACUGCUUCAUCCAGCUGCACAACCACGGUGGUGUUGCCGGCGAAGCUCGCGCCGGACCAAUACUGGAGGAGAUGGUCACAGCCACCAGCUAUCGCCUCCAGCGGGGGCUGCAGGUUGUGGUACGACAAGGUGACAUCACCAAGGAACAGGCGGAUGCGCUGGUGAACGCAGCCAAUGAGGACCUGGAUCACGCUGGUGGCGUGGCUGCAGCUCUAAGCCGUGCGGGGGGGCCUGAGGUACAGCAGGCCAGCAGAGAUCUGGUUAGGCAGACAGGUAGAGUGCCCACAGGUACAGUGGUAGAGACUACAGGAGGGAAGUUGCCUUGUAAGAUGCUGCUGCAUGCAGUGGGACCAGUAGGGGGCAGCGUAGGUGGGAAUGAGCGCCCUCUGCUGGAGAAGACAGUAAAGGCAGUCCUGGAUCUGGCAGAGACCCUGGAGCUCCAGACCCUGGCCAUGCCCUGCAUCAGCUCAGGGUUAUUCGGCGUUCCUCUGAAGGUGUGUUCUGAGGCCAUAGUCUCUGCAGUGAGGGACUUUGGGAGGGAACAGCGCAUCCUUACCAAGGUCACUCUGAUUGAUGUGAGUGGAGAGGCAGUGAAAGCCAUGCAGGAGGCCUGUGAUAGGCUGUUACAGGGGAAGAGGGAGUUUCCUGGAUGGGAGGUAGAGUCCAGCACCACCACUACCACUACACAUGCUCCUCAGAGAGACACCACUGCUGCCUCCACCAGGGGACCAGCUGCUCCAGAGGUCUGUGUCCAGGUGGAGAUCAUCCAGGGAACCAUAGAGAAACAGCAGGUGGAUGCUCUGGUGUCACCCAUGGCUGGUAGUGACCCUCUCUCCUCCCGAGUGGGUCAUGUCUUGUCGGAGGCAGCUGGACCGGCGCUGAUGACAGCAUUUCUGAGGGAAUUAGGGGGACGGACUGCACCUGGUGACAACGUCCUGGUGGAGGGACUGUCUGGUCUCAGCUCUGGCCGCGUCUUCUUCCUCAGCUGUCUACAAUGGGACAACAACCUCCACGGACCAGCAGUACAGGCUCUGAGGCAGGGUGUGAGGAAAGUUCUAGCCUCUUGUGAGAUCCGUGGAUUCUGUUCUGUUGCCUUCCCUGUACUUGGAACUGGUGUGGUUCUCCAGUUCCCUCACAAUGUGGUAACACAGGUUCUGCUAGAAGAGAUCCGUAGGUAUGAACAGAAUCGAGCGAGCAGAACCCCCUUCCUUGUCCGCAUUGUUAUCCAUCCCAAUGACAGAGAUUCUACCAAGGCUUUCCAGACUUCCCAGUGUGCUUUGCAUGUCAGAGGGUUUGUAAUGGAUGCUUCUCCAGAUCAGACCUCCUUCUAUCGCCACGUCUCAACCACUCAGGACGAGGUCUCUGCCACGCUGGGCAGUGUCAAGCUACAACUGGUCUUUGGCGACAUCAUCCGUGAGACCACUGAUGUCAUCGUCAACACCACAGACUUCUCAGCCAACCAUUCAGGUGUCUCCAAAGCUAUUCUGACUGCUGCAGGUUCCACAGUCCAAGCAGCGUUAGCACAAGUGGGUGUGCCAGGAGACUUGAUGUGCACCACAGGGCCCGGUGCACUGGGCUGCAAGGAGAUCGUUCACGUCAGCUUUAAACGCGACACACAGAGGAUCAGCAAGGUCUGUGGGAAGAUACUGAAACAGUGUGAGAGAAGGGGCUACCGCUCUGCAGCCUUCCCUGCAGUCAACACUGGAGCUGCUCGAGCAGACUCUGGCUCUGUGUGUAAGGCCAUGUUGGAUGGCAUGGCGUCAAGUGUGAGGGAUUUGUCCCCCAACAUCCUCUCUGUCAUCCGCAUUGUCAUGCUGCAGAGACCCGUCUUCCAGGCAUUCAGGUCAGAGCUGGAGAGCCGACUGGGAGCUAUCGCUCCAAUCCCAACACUGGAAGAGAGAGCCCAACAGAUAAUGAAGAAGAAACUGAAGAUCAGCUUUUCCUCCCUCUCGCAUGGCUCCCUUCCCCCUCCUCAUGCCCUUCCAGGCCUCACCAUCACCCCCUGGAGACCGCCCCCGGUGGUGCUGAGCGUGGUGGGGCGUGGGGCGGACGCCAUCAGGGGGGCCAGGCGGGAGCUGGAGGCCAUCUUGCAGAACCAGCUGACUCAGAGAGAUGUGAAGGGAGAGGACCUGUGCAUGCUGGGAGAGGUGGAGCUGCAGGCCGUGCAGAAGAAUGCCAAGGUCCUGGGAGUGAGCCUGGAGCUGGGUAGAGUUCAGAGGGCAGGAGGGGUGGAAGCUGGAGCUGUAGGUGGAGCUGCGACUGGAGAGGGGUUUUAUGUUCUCCGAGGCCUGAAGGAGGACGUUCUGAGCGUGCGCGAGGUGCUGGAUAGUGCGCUCAGUGGCGCCCUCCGUAGGGAGCUGCAAGAGAGAAAUGAGGCACUACUGGCCCUCAGUGUCCAGUGGUCUAUGUGCAGGCAUGGUGACGUUUGGGAGGAGCUGGGGAUGCAUGACAACUACCAUCUGGAGCAGGCACACCUAAGAGGAGAUGUCUCAGCAGAGCUGGAUGUCCCAGAUGGGAGCAAAGUCAGGGUGAACCUGAAGAACAACAUGGCCACUGACUGGGAAACGGGUUGCACCUAUAAGAUGAAGCGAGAGGAGAGUGAAAAAUUGCCGUCGUACUGGGAUGAUAUGGCCGCUGGUGAAACGCUGAAGAGAGUGCUGCUCUUGCCUACCUCGUCAGAGUACCAGGCGGUGGCACAGGCAUUCCAAAGCACCACGGCAACACAAGUCGCCAUCCACAAAAUUGAGCGUGUGCAGAAUGUAUUUCUGUGGCAGGCGUACGCAUUGUGUGAGCAGCGCAUCCGGGCCAAGAACGGAGCAGCGGCGGUAGGCGUAAGGAAACUCUACCACGGGACGGCAGCAAAAACCUGUGACGCCAUUGAAAGUAAUGGAUUCAACAGGAGCUAUGCUAAUACUACAGCAUAUGGAGUGGGUGUGUAUUUUGCUGUGAACGCCAGCUAUUCAGCCAAUCCCAGAUAUAGCCCUCCUGAUGGUUCUGGGCACAGGCGUAUGUACGUUGCACGUGUUCUGACCGGGCGCUAUACCCAGGGUGACCCCUCCAUGAAGUUCACCCCUCGUCGCUCCCCCACAGAUUCCGCUGACUGCUAUGACAGUCUUGUGGACAACCUGCAGAGACCCAGCAUGUUUGUCAUCUUCCACGACGACCAAGCGUACCCAGAGUACCUCAUCACGUUCAUAUGAUAGUGGGCCUACAUAAUGAAUUAGAAAGCAUUCGUAAUCAUUUAUACGCAGUUUUGUUUUACAUGCAUGAAGGCAUUUAAAUGCCUUUAUUGUUUUUGAGUAUGAUUCUCACUUCUAUCAUUAUAAUCAGCUGUCAUAAUCAUUCUCAUCACUAUAUCUACGUAUCAUAAUGAUUGUCACAUUGCAUGUGUUCUGCUGCAGGACCUAAAGUAGUACACAAUCUGCAGAGGUUAAUCACUAAAAGGGUUAAAAAUAUGUUUGAAGAUAUUUAAGUGAGAUUUAUUUGUGUCUUUUUGAUUUGGCACUAUACUAUACGUCAGAUAGCUGUACUGUGAAUGAGAAUAUAUUAUUGUGUUUUUGUGGAGUUAGCCGUUGACGUUUAUUGUCAUGAGUCUUUCCCUGGAGGCAGAACUGGGCGACAGUGAGCGGUUUCGCUAGAUGGUUCAGCUGCAAAGUCCAAAUUUGAAGGUUAGGGUUAAGCAUUCGGUUUAGCAGUGUGGUUAAGUUUAGGAUUAAGAUUAGGAUAAGGUUUAAAUUUGAUUUUAUAACUUUUUGGCUGAGCUAGCUAGUGACCACUCUGCAGAGCUGCCUUCAGUACAUGAGUCAUCUCAAUAAAAGGCAAUUUGGGGACGCAGGGGCCGGUAUGUUCCGGGGUCCUUGUUGGUCCCCGAUUUUAUUGGGGGGGAUGUGACGACCCUCCUACUGUGUCUGCCGUAUUCUCUAUUUGUUCUUGUUUCCUUAUUAGGAUGCCGGUGGGCGGAGUUACAUGGGAAACACCUGGGCCGGUGUGUCCCAGGAUAAAUACACCACUUACCCAUUCAUGGAGGAGACUCUCUCCAUGCAGACACCAUUAUAGAUUUUGUUGUGUAUCUUGGUGGUUUUUGGUUGUUUGCUUUGGCACCUUUAAACACCCUGCAUUAUCACAUUCAUGCAUGCAAAACACUCACUUACACUACUGAUUACUGAUACACACACCAUUGUAUAUUGUACUUUACUUUAUUUAAUAAAUAUAUGUUUUGUUACUCCUUA